CCCAGAAGAGCUAGCCAUACAGACCGCCUGAUGGGAGGCAUGAUGCGAGAUGUAAGGUAUAUCAACCCUUCUCUCGCUGUCCAUCUGUCUGUCCACAUUUCAUCCAACUUGUCCAGACUGGUGACACCUCCUAUCCUACGCAGACAACAUCCACCCCGUGUUAGCCAAGGCUAUACAUACCGUAUACUGCUAUUGCGUCUCGCUGUAUCUUAGAUGGCGGCUUUCUCUCUCUUCCCUCUUCGGCGCCAUUCUCACGCAUACACCAUUUCGUUAUCGCAACCCACCCGCAGAGCCAGUAGUAGAAGAAGCAAUAGUAAUUGUCAUUCAUUAUGGCUUCAUCCAUCGACGUUGUCCGCAUUACCAAAGCCGACAUUCCCGAAGCCGUAGAGUGCAUCCAAAAGGCUUUUGCCGAGGAUCCGUAUUUUAAAUGGGCGUUUAACGAUCCAUCCAAGUUCAACGUCGACCGCAAUGCCGCCUCCCUGGCCGCCCACUUCCUCUACGGCAUCAACUGCGACGCCCCCAUCUACGUCGCCAAACAAACCACCCACCCGACAACGGUGAAAAGCGCCGCCGGGCUACACAUCGAAUACCAUACCCCCCGCAUCGUCGGCGUGUGCUGGUGGUACGACCCCAAACCCGCCUCAGCCCCGGAGCCCUGGUCCGUCUGGACGCAGGAAUGGAUUCUCUCCUUCCGCCAGCUGCUCAAUAACAUCCGCUUCCUCGGCCGCGGGGGGCUGAAUAUCCACCGGUACUGGAUCUGGAAGGACGUGCAGAAGAAGACGCACGAUGUGGUCUGGAAGGAUCCGCGGGGGUAUUACUUUUGUAAUGUGAUUGCAGUGGAUUCCGGGAUGAGGGGGAUGGGGGUGGGGAGGAAGUUGGUGGAGGUGGUGACGGACAAGGCGGAUGCAGAGGGCAUUCCGUGUUAUUUGGAGAGUAGUAAAGGGAUGCCGAAUCUGAAGAUCUACGAGAAGUUGGGCUUUGAGUCGGUCAAGGAGAUUGAGUGUGUCGAUGGGGGGGAUACGUGCAAGUUGUACUGCAUGAUCCGCCAGCCAAAGACCAAGGCUUGAUUGAAUAGGUAGAUUCUACUAGAUUAAGUAUCAGUAACGAGAGCUCCUAUGAUAGCCCCAAUGCAAUCGGUCGAUAUAAACAGAUAAACUACGCCAGAUCAGAAACCAAACAUCUGCCCUG